AUGUCUGGAAAUGGAGACCUCAGAGCCUCGUUUAUAGCCUGCGAGGAAGUUUCACCCCUUUGCCCGGUCGAGGCCACCGUGCUGGGCUACACACCGAAUCUCGGCGCCAACGUCUUCUUCGCCGUCGCAUUUGGCAUCGCCCUGUUCGCGACUAUCGGGAUUGGUGUUUGGAAGAAAACAUGGACGUUUACGGCAGCGGUCGCGCUUGGUGCUGGUCUUGAAACGAUGGGCUACGCCGGUCGAGCUGCGAUGAGCAAGAACCCCUGGAACAAAGACGCCUUCCAGAUGCAAAUCUGCGUCAUCAUCCUCGGCCCCACCGUCAUUUGCGCCGGCAUCUACCUCAUCAUCAAGCACAUAGCUCUCAACGUCGACCCGUCCCUCUCUCGCGUUCGCCCCAAGUGGUAUCCCCUCUUCUUCCUGCCCGCCGACGUCUCCUGCCUCCUCAUCCAGGCCAUCGGCGGAUCCCUGGCCGCCGCGGCCGGAAGUACGAACCAGAAGCUGCUCGAUGGCGGGAAUCGCGCCAUCAUCGCCGGCAUCUGUCUCCAGGUUGUCGUAUUGUCGCUAUUUGGCCUCGUGUCGGGCGGGUAUCUCCUUCGUGUCCGCCGCAAGAUCAAGAGCCUGGGUAGGGAAGAGGCGGAGAGGUUGGGUAUGGGUUUGUGGUUCGAGAAGCGGUUUAGGACGUUUUUGAGAGCUUCAUCCGCUGCUUAUCUUGCCAUCCUUUGUCGGUGCAUCUACCGAAUUGCUGAGAUGGCUGGUGGAUGGGGGAACCACAUUAUGCAGGAUGAGAUUUCGUUUGUAAUUCUGGACUCAUGUCUAUGCCUCGUUGCCGUAUGGCUUCUCACGAUUUUCGCGCCGGGCCUCUAUUUCCCCCAAAUGGCCACCAACUUGGCGAAGAAGAAACAGGAGAGCGAUUCCGAGAAGAAUACAACUGCAGUGGAUGGCGUCCUUUCCGAGGGCGCUGCCACAGAGUAG